GUGACGCCACAGAGCGCGUCGGCACCGUGACGCCCGCCUUCCUCCCUGCGCGGGGUUGUGCGCAGGCGCGGGCGGGCGCGUUUCCCAGGGUGCCCCGCGCCGCACAGUUGAGGGAGAGCGAGCGCUUCGGGAGGGAGGUAGGCCUCAGGCCUGUCUCUCUCUCCGGCGCCAUUCGCCCGCCCGCCCGCCCGCCUGCCUCCUCCUGCGGUGGGAGAUGCGGGGCGAGGCCGGGGACUGAGGCCUGGAACCAGGCAGGGAAGGAAGGAAGGAAGGGGCCCCUCGCUCGCUCGCUCGCCAGCCCAGGCCCGCCCGCCCGCCCGCCCGCCGGGCCCCCGGGUCCGCUCUCCUCCCGGCGCAGGGAGGCAAUGACAGCGGCUCCGGGACCCUCCUCCCCGCAGCAGAUCAGGGACCGGCUCCUCCAGGCCAUCGACCCCAACAGCAACAUACGGAACAUGGUUGCAGUCCUGGAAGUGAUCUCCAGCUUGGAGAGAUACCCCAUCACCAAAGAGGCCCUCGAGGAGACGCGGCUGGGGAGGCUCAUCAAUGACGUCAGGAAGAAAACGGAGAACGAGGAGCUCGCCAAGCGUGCCAAGAAGCUCCUGCGCAACUGGCAGAAGCUGAUCGAGCCGGUCGCCCAGAACGAGGCCGCUCUGAGGGGGCUGCCGAACCCCCCCGGGUCGGCCAAUGGCGGGGCCCACAACUGCCGCGUGGAGACGCCCCCCGGGGCCGGACCCAAGCCCGUCCCGGACGCGAAGAGCCGGAACGACGUCCAGAAGCCGCACUCCCCGAAGCCGGGGACCCGGAAGCGGAAAGGGGGGGGCGAGCCCCGGGACGGCCUCCAGGGCCCCCCCUCCUCCUCCUCCUCCUCCUCCUCCUCGCUGCCGAAGGCCACCAAAGGCAGCCACGAGGCGGUGCAGAACUCCUCCCCGCCCCCCACGAACGGGAUCGGGGGCAGCCCGGAGAGCUUCCCCAGUCCUCCGGAGGAGGCGGAGGGGGUCCGGGCCGAGGAGAGCGGCGAGAAGCCCAGCGGGAAGAUCCCCAUCAACGCGGUCCGGCCGCACACCAGCUCCCCGGCGGGACUCUUCAAGCCUUCCGGGCUGCCCGCGAUGCUCAAGACGGCGGUGCUGUACGAGAAAGCGGAGGACGCUGUGGCCACGGGCGGCCAGCCCCGGAGCCCCCGGUGCCCCUCCUUCAGCCCCCGCAGCCUCCGCUUGGAAACGUUUGCGCGGCAGCACGCCGCCUUCUCCUCUUCGCUGGCCGUGGUGGCGGCCGAGGGCCCCACGUCGUCCCGCUCGCCGCCCGCGCCAGAGGCCGCCCCCGAAGCCCAGCUCUUCCUGCCGGGGGCGGCGGCCUCUCCCGGCGGGCCCCUCCCAGAACCCUUCUCGCCGGGGGUCCUGCGGGGGGACAGUAGUGACGGAUUCGAGGGGAAGAAGAAGAAGAAGUCCCGGCCCAAGGACUACGCGGCCAGCCUGGACGGGCCGGGGUCGGAGGGGGGCGGGGGGGUGAAGCCCGUGCGGUUAAAAAAGGAGCGGCGGCUGACGUUCGACCCCAUGACGGGCGAGAUCAAGCCCUUGGCCCAGCGGGACUCUCUGCUGCCGGCGGCAUCGGUAUCGGUAUCAGCGGACCUUCCUGCUUUUGCUGAGCAGCCGCCCUUGCCGCCUGUAUUGUCGCCGCCAUCGCCGUCAUCGUCGUCGUCGCAGCGGACAGUCCCGGAGGCCAAGGGUCUCCCGCUGCACAGCCCUUUCGAACAGACCAACUGGAAGGAGCUGUCGCGCAACGAGAUCAUCCAGUCCUACCUGACGCGCCAGAGCAGCCUGCUCUCGUCCUCCGGGGCGCAGACGCCGGGCGCCCACUACUUCAUGUCCGAGUACCUGCGGCAGGAGGAGAGCACCCGGCGGGAGGCCCGCAAGACCCACGUCCUGGCCCCGCACGGCAAGGGCCCCUCGGACUUGCCCGGCGUCACGCGGGAGCUCACGCCCGGCGACCUGGAGCGCAUCGGCGGGCGGCGCUGGCCCGGCGUCAACGGCUGCUACGACACACAGGGUAACUGGUAUGAUUGGACGCAGUGCAUAUCGCUGGACCCGCACGGCGACGACGGGCGCCUCAACAUCCUGCCUUACGUCUGCCUAGACUGAGCGCCCGUUUUUGCCGGAGGCUUCUUCUUCUCACCGUGGUUUUCUUUUGACACUGGCAGUCAAGUGAAGCCAGCUCUUCUCGCGUCGGAGGAGUCGGCACGAAACCAGCCGGGAAAGGUAUGUCCGAGAGCGAGCUGGACUUUGGGCAGUUUCUUCUCCCCCUUUUUGUUUUCGUUUUGAAGUGCUGCUACCGGUUGACUAACAAAAGGGAGGCGUUAAAAGUUCACACAAAAAAAAAAGAAAGAAAGAAAGGAAGUUUUGGUUUCUGACCAAAACGAAAAAAAAGGUGUUUUUAUGUUGUCAAAAGGUGGAAAGCUUUUCCAGGGUUUUGUGAAGGAGAGAGCAGGACAUUUAAACACAGGAGUAGUUUCAGUCUUAUUUAUUUGUCUUGAGUUGAUUUUUUUUUCCUUUCUGAAAAAAAAAAACAAGCCCCAUGGCAUUGAGACGUUCGGAGGUGAACCGUGCAAGACUGUAGUUAGUUCUAAUUUGUAUUUUUUUAUUUUGCAUUGCAUCUCUCUUCAAGGUUUCUUCUCCCCCUCCCCUCCCUUGAAGUCUUUGGGUUGGAGGUGUUGUCUCUGCUGCUGGUGCCAUCGCCUUGCCCUUGAGCUGAUGCGUUUUGGUCGGGGAAAAGGCCGGGAAAGCCGCUUUCCUUCCCUUUUCUUCCCCAGGGAGACUCCCAACCCUUUGGAAGGUGCUAUCCUAGUCUGUAAGCGUUCUGUGAAGGGGGCCCGGGGAGGCGGAGAGCCUGUUUUGUGCGCUGGAAGAAAGAGAAAGAAAAACAAAACCCGACUUGUUACCAUUCCUUUAGAUAUCGUUUGCCUUACGGAGGAGAUCCACCGACGAAAAAAGCGACUUGCAGAAAUUUAAAUAAAUAAAAAACAAAAACAGCCUUAGUGAAUGUACAGUAAACUAUAGACUUCUGUGUUCCUGGGACGCAGAAGGAAGCAACUUUGCUAUUGGUCCUUUCAGCGGACACAUUGUGAUAUAAAUGUGGAAAUAAUAAUAAUAAAAAAAAUUUGCACAAAG